GCCACCCUUGUCUGUCUUCAAAUCAAACCAAACCAAACCAUCUCUCUUCCAUCUCUGCAAUCAAAGAGAAAGACAGAAAGAAAGAGAAGCUUGAAGAAAAUGGUGAACUUGGUCAAUUCAUGUGCGCUUGUUCUCGCGAUUUCUUCUUUGAUGAUGAUCUUCAUGAUGAGCGCCCCGUUGUCCGCCGUUGAUGCGAGCGGGGAUCACCACCUCAACCUGGGAUGGCUACCCACUGGAUCAUCGUUGGUGGGCGAAGAGGAGGAAGGCGAGUUUGAACUGGACUCAGAGACCAACCGGCGCAUUUUAGCCACAAGCAACUACAUCAGCUACGGUGCGCUGCAGAGGAACACUGUGCCCUGCUCCCGGCGCGGCGCCUCCUACUACAACUGCCAGAAUGGCGGCCAGGCUAACCCUUACAACCGUGGCUGCAGCACCAUUACACGUUGCAGGAGUUGAGUUGAGUUUCAAAUUUUUAAUUUUAUUUUUAUAAAAUGGGGGUGUGAUGUUAUACUUGGAAAUUUAGGGGCUUUAUCGUUAGCAGAAAAAUAAUGUUGGUCCAUUUUCUCAAUGUACGUUUGGAUUGGAUGUCUCUUGUAAAAGAUAUUAAUUCUAAUUAUUCUUUUUCUUUC